GGUCAUUAAAGAAUCGUUGAAAUUCCAGAAAAAUGAGGGUGACUAUUGGAAUACUGUUUUCUGUACUGCUAAUGAUAAAUUUGUCAGCAGGAACACAUAUUCUGAGACUACUCUCUGAAUAUAGUUUGACAACCACUUAUGGAAUAAGAACGGAACAAUUACCAAGGUUUAAUGAAUAUGAUUUUAUAAUCGUUGGUGCCGGGCCUGGGGGUUCUACAGUGGCCAAUCGCCUGUCAGAAAAUCAGAACUGGAGGAUUUUACUGCUGGAAGCCGGUGAACCGGAGGGAAUUUUGCAGCAAAUACCUUCGUUCUCUUCCAUAAACUCUAAAUAUGAUUGGCAAUACAAGUAUGAGCCUCAAGAUAAGGCUUGUUUAGGGAUGAAAGAUCGGACAUGCCCUUGUCCAAAGGGAAAAUCACUAGGUGGUACCACCACCAUAAAUGGUAUGGUUUAUGCAAGAGGGCAUAAAUUAGAUUUUGAUAUUUGGGCCCAACAGGGAAAUUACGGAUGGUCGUACGAAGAAAUUCUGCCAUACUUCAGGAAAAGUGAACGCGUUAAUCUGCGAGAGCCAGUGGAUGAGCCCUACCGCGGUAGAGACGGAUAUUUGCAUGUGCAAAAUUCUCCAUGGAGCACUCCUGUCAAGACUGCCUUUUUAGACUCAGGGAAAGAGCUGGGAUACGACGUUGUCGACUACAAUGGACGACAACAGAUUGGAUUCUCGGAUAGUCAAUUGACCAUGGUGAAUGGUACACGAUGCAGUGCCUCGAAAGCGUAUCUGCGGAUAAGGCGAUUGAACUUGGAUAUCGUGACAGAAGCCACGGUUUCGAGGGUGUUAAUUGAUGACAACAAUCAUGCCUACGGUGUGGAGUUCAUUAAAAAUAAUAAAACAUAUCGAAUUAAUGCGGGUAAAGAGGUGAUUUUGUCAGCGGGUACAAUCAACACACCGCAAUUACUAAUGCUCUCCGGUAUCGGUCCUAAGGAUCAUCUCGACGAAUUGGGAAUCAAAGUGGUGAAGGAUGCUAGAGUUGGAUACAAUCUAUGCGAUCAUGUGGCUUUCAUUGGACUAACGUUUUUGGUGAACCAAAGUGUCGAAUUUCUAGCAAACGCGAGAACUCCAGAAGCUGCACUUCAAUACGCUAUCAAUGGAACUGGUCGUCAUUCGGGAACACUUCCCUCAGCAGUUGCAUUCGCUCGCACAAAACACGCAGUUGACGCUCGACCAGACAUUGAAUUGAUUCUCCGAGCCGGAGCAUUUAAUAUGGAUGGCGACGAAGGAAGAUCCCGGGGUAUCAGUCAAGAAGUCUAUGACAAAGUUUGGAAGCCCAUCGAGGGACAAGUGACGUGGGCAAUCUGGCUGAGUCCACAACUAGCUCGUAGCAAAGGACGCAUCACACUGAGAUCAACUAAUAUUGCGGAUCACCCAAUCAUUAAUGCCAAUCUCUUAGACGAUCCCAGUGAUGUUGAAGUUCUUGUUGAGGGAAUUAAAUUCGCAUUGAAUAUAUCUCAAUCCCAGACCUUCCAGCGAUAUGGCAGUAGACUGCAUGAUACAAAAAUUCCUGGAUGCGAGGCAUUGGAAUUUAACUCUGAUGAUUACUGGCGUUGCGCAAUUCGGAGUGUAACAGCAACCUUUAAUCACGAGAUGGGUACCGCCAAAAUGGGUCCAGCUACAGAUCCUGCAGCUGUUGUUGACCCUGAAUUGAGAGUACAUGGAAUUCGGGGAUUGAGAGUCAUUGAUGCCUCUAUCAUGCCAGAAAUACCAGUCGGGCAUUUGAGUGCGACGACUUACAUGAUCGCCGAAAAGGCAGCAGAUAUGAUUAAGCGAUCUUGGCAGAAUUAGCAGAAGAACCGCAAGUUUAGAUUAAAGGGGUUGGAUUAGUGAUUAAACGAUCCGCCGUAUAUUGAAGUUGAAAAAUAAUCAGAGAAGAUGAUCAGCGACUGGAUAUUUUCGUCGAUUUAUUUUGAACGUUUCGUUUCGACUUGAUUGAAUAAACAAUA